AUGGCUUCGGUACUUCGUCUUCGUAUUUUAGCUUUCGGUGCCUCAUUAACAGAGGGUUACUAUUCCGAUGGUCUUUCAUUUCAUCCAUAUACUAUUCGUCUUUCACAACUUCUUAAUUCAUCCAAUAAAAUCGUUGAAGUCGAUAAUGCAGGCCUAAGCGGUGAAGCAGUUUUAAGUAGUACAAUGUUGCCAAGACUAAAGAAAUUAUUAUCAUCGACAACAAAUAAAUAUGAUUGGGUACUUAUUUUAGCUGGUACAAAUGAUACAAUGCGUGAUCAAGUGAAAGCAAAUUUAGUCUUUGAUGGUUAUAAAUUAUUAAUUAAUGAAUGUCAUAAACAUGGAGCUCGAGUACUCAGCAUGACUUUGCCUGAAACUACCUGUCCAAGAGAAUCACCAUUUGACAAAGAACGACAAGAAUUUAAUCGAAUCAUUCGAGAAGAACUCGCACCCAAAGCUAAUGAUAAUGACAAUAUAGUAGUUCUUGAUGUUGACCGACUUGUACCACUACAUUCACUUUCUAAUCACGAACGUGAACUGACUUGGGAUGAUGAAUUACAUUUAACACCGAAAGGUUACGAUCAAUUAGGACAAUUAAUUUACGAAACACUUAAUCCUCACUUAUUAUAA